GCUGCUCUCGUUCAAAUCAGCAUCGCAGAGAGAUGACAGAGGUACGACGGUACGACCGCCGGCGGAUAAUUGAAACCCACUAAUAUCUGUAAUGAACAAACAGAUAUUUCGAUAAAGGCCGCAGAGAGACACCAGUCCAGACGCCGCGGAGAAUUCGGAGAUGGGACAAACAUAUUUAUUGUCGGAUGCACAUCGCUUUGAAACCAGUUUCACGUCCCUGAUUAAAUUGCUUUCGAUUCCCCUGCAGCCUGCAGAUCGGACUGUGUAAGUUUAAACGGCAGCUGAUCGGCUCUGAGUGACAGUCCUGAUAUUUCCUUCCGGACCUGGUGACAUGAGAGGCUCCAGGAGACGCUGAUGGAGCUGCAGGAGUUGUGCUGGCUGUGUUCGGUGGGGCUCUUUCUAACCUCCUUGCUCAUUGUGCUGGGAUGGCUGUUCCAGUACCUGCUGACCGUACUGUGCCUGUGGAGAUCCAAGAAGACAGCAGAGCGGGACAAGAAAGACCCGCCCCGGCAGCAGCUCCCCCUCACGCAGCCCCGCCAAAGCCCGGCUGGAGGUGUCUGGGGAUUCUUGCUGAAGCUUCGCUCGGGCCGGGAUGGAGGAGUCAUGCCUGAGGCCGGGGUCAAAGGCUUGUUGACCUCUCUGUUCUCCUUUAAGUCCUUCAGGGAGCACUGGCAGAUGACCUGGAUCAAGGCUCUGAACGAGCAAGCCUGCAGGCAUGGGAGCUCCAUCCAGAUCACCUUUGACAGCAGCCUCCAGUUAACUGCUGCUUCUGCAAUAGAUAGUGUGACCUGCACAGAGCAAUCGGCUAAUCGUAUGGUUUUACACUGUAAAUGUUGGGUGGAGACAGUGACGUUUCCUGUGACGGUCACUCAGCAAUCGCCGGCUGCCAUUUCCAUGGAGACCUAUCAGAUCACUGUAGCACCGAUGGUGGCUAAGGUGGUGGUGUCUCUGGAGGAGGUGGAGGACGAGGGUCUGCUGAUGUCCUGGACUCUUUCCAAGCAGCCAUCGUUUACUCUGAGUGCAUCUCCGUGCAAGCUACAGAGACUAGGCACUGAGGCGGGUGCAGACCUGGACAUGAUUAAGGGGCUGAUAGAGGACACUCUGUUCAGCACUCAGCCGGCGAUGGUCCUGAACCUCAAGACUUGCGCAUCCAGUCCUCCGGCUGCCACGGACCAUUUGUCAGUGAGAUUGAACUCCUUAAACCAGAACGUCUCGGUGAAACGACUAAUGCUGCGGCAGCUCAGGGCGACCUUAAAUAAAGGUCACUGGUCCAGAUCAGGGGAGCUGUGCUGUGUCCUCAGCCUGGACCAACCCUCCACAGAGAGGGCGACAUGCUUCCUGCCUGUGCCCAGUGACCCCAACGUCCCACUGGAAUGGAGCGAAGAAAUCACUCUGGAGUUGUGCCAAGUGACCAAAGAGAUGAGAGUACGACUGCUGGAGCGGGACGGCCAAAAGGAACAAUUCCUGCCCGGCCAUGGCUGCAUGGCCUUGGACCUCCGGUGCAAAGUGCCCACUGGACAACAUACACUGUCGAUCAGUGCCGACCGCGGCCUGCUGGCUCCCAUCGCCUCCGUCAGCGUAGAGCUGCAUUACGUGGAAAUAGAGGCGCCCCGCGGUGCCCACAAUGCUUUUCCACUUCCGCGUUCCUCACCCACCCCCUCCAAGAAGGUCGACGUGGACCGAACCGUCAUGCCAGACGGAACCAUCGUCACCACUGUCACCACCGUCCAGUCUCGACUGAAAGUGGGCCGCAGCCCAGGUGAUUCUCCUUUGCAUUCGCCGUCCAAAGUGGAGGUGACUGAGAAGAAAGCCACGAUCCUGUCAGAUGGCGGAAGCAGCACAAGCCCCAACCUCAGCAAGAGCAGCCGCCUCUCUAACGGCCUGGAUCCUGUUGCGGAGACGGCCAUUCGCCAGCUGACGGAGUCCGCCUCCAAAGCAGCACGGAAGACGCCGACAAAGAGGAGCACGCUGAUCAUCUCGGGCGUGACAAAGGUUCCACUCUCAGAAGACGACUGUGCAUUAUCGAGUGGCUAUGCUGCAGCUAUGGACGCAGCCAUGCACGGAAACCACUGCGUGCCGGGGCAUCACCAGGAACCAGACGACACCACACCCUCGGACCUGUCGGAGCGCCCCUCAGUGGACGAUGUGGAAUCAGAUACUGGUUCUACUGGCGCCUUGGAGACGCGCAGCCUCAAGGACCAUAAAGUGGGCUUCCUACAGAGUGGGACGAAGCUGUUGUUCCGCAGAAGACAUCGAGAGAAGGAGUCCUGCCUCAGCCAGUCGCAUGAAGACGUCUCCGACAUGGGCAAUAACUUUGCUGCCGCCGCUAACAUCAGCCGCAAGAAGUCCGGCAGCUUCUCCCGGCGUCUCAUUAAACGCUUCUCUUUCCGCUCAUCAGGCAAAUCGAAAGGCAAAGCUACCAACGGAGGAGCGAGCGCACUAGAUAACUAAUUAUCAUUGUUUGGGAGAUUGGGGUGGGUUCCCUAACUUAAGCGUUGUUUUAAGGCCUUUGUUCAUACUGUUAGAAGCGCAGAUAAACCUGAAGAGAGUCCAGUCCUUGACAGGUUUGAACACUGCAGGUGGGUUUUCACCAGUGCAUUUUGAAAAGAGGAGACCUCUGGAAGGGCUUUACUAUGGAUAAAAAUCAUUGCACCUUCAAGAGAGAAGUCACGUUCCAUCACAGGAAAGAAGUUUAAAUGUGAAUUUGUAAUUAUUUCUUUCAAGGAUAAAUCUGAAUUUGUAAUUAUUUCUUUCAAGGAUAAAUCUGCUGCUUAAGGAGACGAUGAUCAUCACAAUGAUAUGUCUUGUUCCCUGUUUGAACACAAACUAUAGUGGGAGUGUUUGAUUGUGACCGAUGGUGAAAACGCUCUUAAACUACUUGACGAUAACAGAUGCCAGUAUGAAACUAGCGGUUACACUUUGGGGUGUUUUUGUAACGGCACAUGUAAAAUUCUUCAAUUGUAGAACAGUAACUUAUUAUUUGUGUUGUUCUCAUCAAACAAGUGCUAUUUAAUUUACCUUGCAAAAAAGAAGUCAUAAUAGUUGCAUUACAUUGUAAAAUAGAGACAUUGCUGUGUUUUUUUUUCAUGCAAAGUCAUUUUAAACGCAUAGUUAAGUAAGAUCAUUCUAAAUCUAGCAGUCCAUCCAGUAUUGCUGACAUAUUGGUUUUAGAAUGUUAUACAAUGUUGUAUCUUGAAGGAAAAAAGUUAAUAUAUUCAUUGUACUAUUUUAUAAAGGUACUUUCUGUGGAAUAUCAUAAUGCAUUUCAGUUUGCUUUUGAAGCUGCAAACAGCCAGGAUCUCUCAUAGGCUCUUCAAGCCAGGCAAUAAGUUUAAUGUUUUUCAGUCAAUAAAAAACAAUUAAGUUUAUCACUAUCUGCACAAAUUAUGGACACCUCACUUGAUGCUCAUUGGGACUUCAAUAUUGCAAUAUCAUUAUUGUGCAGCCAGACCAUAUUAUAUUGUACAAAAUGCCCCACAUGGGUAGCAGCCAGAAUCGUUUGCAGGAAAUGCUGACAAUGAUAAUCAUCAUACAAUAUAGCAAAACCUAUUGUGAAUCCAGGAGCAUUAUCAUAAUGCAUUUCUCAUAGAUUGUUUAUAAUACGGCAUUUCUUUUAGAAUAAAUGCAGGUCUCACGGGAGUGACAAUAUUACAACAGCCAUGUGGUUUAAAUUGUAAAAAUGUAACUUUGAAGUCUCCGGGAAGGUUCCAGAGAUACUCUGCUGCUGAGUCACUGUGAGCAACUAUUGUCAAAGUUUACGAAAAGGUGCUGAGUGGAGUUCAUAUACUCAGGGCUGGAAAUUAAACUGCAACAAGCAACUUGAGAUAUGAGGAAACCUGUACCUAAAGCAAACAGAACCAGUAUCUACAAAUGUACACACAAUUGUGUCCAUUUGUGCUUUGUGAGAGAAUAUCUAAAAUACUGUCACAGAAUUAAUUUAAUAUGGGACCUCAAAAUAAUAAAUGAUAUGAUUUUGCUAACGCUUCCAGGAUAUGUUUAGUAAUAGAAUAGCAGACGAAUUACAGACGAAUCACAGAUGUGCAAAAUUUAAGAAAUGUACAUUUGAAAUGUUUAAUUUAUUGCAAAUAAAUUAUUUUUGGAGCAUC